UGUAGCGGUGAAGGUCGGUGCAGGGUCAUCAAGAUGGCUGCUGCCUCCCAGUUUGCCUGUCGAUACAAAAAGGAUUUGAGUACAGAAACCCUCCGAGCAAAAGUUGCUCGCAGAAAAUCGAUUCUGCAAAAGGAGAACAGACACAAGUUGUUUGAAAAGGGCAGAAAGUUUGGAUUGGCAGAUGUCAACGUUCAGCUCUCAAAAGAAAGAGGAAUUUCUCAACUAAAUGAGACAAGAGAAAUAUGCUCUCAAGACAACAGCACUGUGAAAAAGAAACCAUCUAUGGAUGCAGCCACCAAGAGGAUUAAUGACCGCAAGGAAAUGCUCCAGCGCUAUAAAGAAGAAAAGGAGCUUCGAAAACUGAAAGAGCAGAGAGAGAAAGCAAAAAAGGGUGUGUUUAAGGUUGGCUUAUACAGACCACCUGCACCUGGAUUUCUUUCAUUUGUACAUGAAGAUUCAGUGAAGCCAAGAGAGAAGGCAGCUCCUGCUUCAGCUCCUACUUUCUCUGGGAGGAUUACUCGAUCGAAGGCCAAGAACCAAGGAGAAAAAACUGUGAUACCAACUGCAUCUAAGCCCUCUAUGGUCAGUGCCAAUGGGCAUAGCGUGCACUCUGUGCCAGCAGGACGUAAGCAGAGGAGUACAGACAAAGCAGCUGAAAAAGAGAAAGUGUUGCAGACUGCCACCCAGCCAGCCUUCAGUGGAAGAAUCACCAGAGCAGCUGCCUCUGCAGCUAGGCAGGUGCUGAAAACAGCAGGUCCUACCUCCACCACUGGUAACCAGUCACAGAGAAAGACAGCAAAUGUAGGAAAGCAGAAGAAAGGAGUCAAACCUGACAUCAUGGAGGUAAUUCCUUCUAAACAUGGAGUGGAUAAAAAAACUCAAGUGGACCCUAUAUUGAAAGAUUCUGCAGCUGAUUCUAAACCUUCAGCAUCAACAGAACUUCAGCAGGAACAAACCUCAGCAGAUAAUGAAAUCAGUUCUGCUUCACGGAGACCCAGGAUGCACUCUUUUGCACCUCAAAACUUUGUGUUUCAGCCACUGAGUGGAUUAGCAACCUACAAAGUUACGCCCAUGACUCCUCAGAGUGCAAAUGCGUUUUUGACACCAAACGCCUUAUGGGAUUUUUCAAACUCUCCAAUCAGUAUCACAGAAAAAUCCAGUGAAACUAAGGCACAAGAGCCUGAUUUAAAAAGUCAAGUUUCAUCUACUGAUAAGGGUGUUCAAGACCAGCAAACCACUACAAGUUUGAAAAGAGAAAAAGCCAGUGAAUCAGAUGAGAAAACUUCCAUUCAAACAUGGUGUGAAACAAUUCCUGUCUCUGCAGAUCCCGCAGCACUUGAAAUGAAGUCAGAUGAUAGCAGAGAGCAAGAGCAUGAUGUGCCCUAUUUUAGAAACAUUCUUCAGUCUGAGACAGAGGGGCUGAUGUCUCAGUGCCGCCAGUGGGAUGGAAAACUUGAGCUGGACAUCCCAGAGGAUGCUAAAGAUCUUAUUCGCACCACAGUUGGUCAGACAAGACUGCUGAUAGCAGAAAGGUUUAAACAGUUUGAAGGACUGGUGGAUAAUUGUGAAUUUAAACAAGGUGAAAAAGAGACCACGUGUACAGACCUAGAUGGAUUUUGGGAUAUGGUUAAUUUUCAGAUUGAAGAUGUGAACAAGAAAUUUAAUAAUCUAAAGAAGCUUCAAGACAAUGAGUGGCAACCACUUGAUGUCCCAAGACAAGAAAUUGUCAAGAAGAAGACAGUUCCAAAUGGAGUGUCUAAACCAAACCUGGGAGCAGCUGGAAGAGCUGCUGCCCGCAACCGGCUUGCUUCUGUAAAAGCAGCUAUGAGGAAUAAAAUGAAGCAUGAUGAAGCUGGUGAUUGUACACAUCAGGAGAAACUACCGGAAGUAGAAAAAGUGGUUUUUGAAGCAGGAUUUUUCAGGAUUGAAAGCCCUGUGAAAACCUUUCCAGGCAUGCUUUCAAAGACACCUCACAGAUCUUCCCAGCAGACUUCUGAAAAAUUUGCAACUCCAAGAUCAUCCAGCAAAGCCUUGCUUCAGAACACUCCUUCCGUUCUUCAUAACCCUGAGGAUACAACUGCAAACCAAACAACGCCAGUACUCCAAGAUUUCCACCCAGAACAAAAUUUGAAAGUGCACCAGUUUCCCUCUGGAAAAACUCCCCCAAUGUUAAAACUCCCUGAUGCCUUUCUUGAACCAAGCAUUUCUGUACUUUCAGAAGAAUACAGUCCUAUUGCUGGCACAGCAGAGGAAACUGAGAUGCUGGAAAAUCCUAUCGAUGAAUUUAAAGUAAUAAAUGGCAUGGAAGAGAUGGAACUAUCUGCUGAAGAUCAAGGGCAGGAUAUUGUCAUGUUCACUCCAGAGAAGGAGACUGGCACAGAGAAUAACUAUCCUCAAUCUGGAGAACCAAAAAUACAACCAACAGAUGUUUCAAGUAGUGAUUUGACAUCUAUUGGCAGAAACCCUUUUGAUAUGCCCACACUGGAUGCUGAGCUUCCCUUCACACCAGUCAAGAGCAAAGCCCAGAGGUUUGCAGCAGCUGAAGCGUUGGCUGACCUUAUUGUAUUUUCUCCUCUUUCCCCCUCUGGGCAAAAGUGAAAAGUGUCUUGAACUUCAAAAUGUGUAAAUUACAUUAACCAAAAAACCACAGUGGGUAUCUGGAAUGUACUCUGUUACUCUUGAACUGUGUUCUCAGUGAAUGAAUACCUGUAGUAUUUUGUGGUGGGACUUACUAAAGUGUUUUAUAACAGUCUGUGCUGCAGUCAUUGUGCAUUGUAUAUUCUGCUGCAUGUGAGUAGCAGAGUCCUUGCUAGUUAUACCUCCUGUAUCCACGGUUUGCAUAUUAUAAUUGCAACCCAACAUAUUUUUAUGUUUGUAUAGUUUUGUGUAUUUCAUAUAUACUUCAGGAUGUAAAACAAUUCAUCUUUAAGAUUCCUGUUCUGACCUUGCUUCCUUUACCAGAUUAGCUGUACCUGUGCCCGAUUUCUGAUGUCAGGGCACCUUUUGGGGGUGAGACUCAGCUCAUUGCCUCCCCCAAACCACUGUUUCAUACUUCGGCUGCUGUGGGGGUACUGGUACACUGGAGCUUAAGAUGC